CAAGAACAACAACCUCACUCACAUUUAAUCUCUGUGUUUUCACAUUAAUCUGUGCCAAGACCAGGACCAGAGGAGGUGGAGACAGGUGAAGACUACGAUGAGGGUCAGAGUUGGUCUGUCCAGGGAAUACAUCGCCAUCUUCCUCUUCCUGGCCGUGGGCGCUUUCAUCCUGCUGCUACACAACAUGGAGCUUCUGGAGUUUGGACAGAACGUGAACGCCACCAUCCCUGUCCCAAGACGGUCCAAAGACCCUGACAUGCAUCGCAGCCUUUGCCCCCUGCAGCCGCUCUCUCCAGAGGAUGCUGCCGAAGAAAUCCUGCUGCUCGAAUCCAUUGCUUGGCCUGGACCUCCACCUUUGCCAGCUCCUCUUUCUCAGACCAGUGAUCCUGCUCACAGCUCCUUCACCAUUGUCCCAGCGAAGGGAAGAGGACAGUGGCAUGUUGGGGAUCAGCUGGAGGUUCUGAUCAAAGUGUCUGACUUCCAGGGCCGUCCCAAGACGUUCGGGGGGGACUUCUUGUUCGCCCGGCUGCACAAUCAGGCGCUGGUUGCAGGUGUGGCUGGGCAGGUGGUGGAUCAUCUCAAUGGCAGCUACUCUGCUUUUUUCUCUUUACUGUGGGAAGGAGACGCUCAGGUUGAGGUGAUGCUGGUUCACCCUAGUGAGGCGAUCCCAGUGCUGCAGAGGCUGGUCAGUGAAUACCCUGGCAGGAUGUCCUUCAGGAGUGUCUUUCGCUCAGGCUCACUCUCUGAAACGUCCUACUGUAACAUCUGCAUGCGUCCCACACAGCAGCCGCUGUGCAACUACACUGACCCCCUCACAGGAGAACCUUUCUUCUGUUUGAAGCCAAAGAGCCUGAGCUGUGGGACCAGGUUCCUGCAGGAUCGUUGGCAAAUUGAUUCCAAUCGCAAGAACGUGCUUUUACAAAGUGGUGUCAACAUGAAAGUCUACAUUCGUCCUUCAGGACCUGCCAGUGUGCCAGUGUUGCCAAAAAAUGAAGGUGAACCAGAGGUGAAGAGCAACAUUGUAAAGUCUGGGCCCUCCGGUUAUUACUACCAGGGUGUGUGGCGAGCACUAGAUGGCACCACAGUUCACCAGUUCAACAGCGCCUCUGUUAUCGUUGAGUGUCUGAAAGGCAAAGAGCUCCGCAUGUACGGAGACUCCACCGUCAAUCAGUGGUUUAAAUACCUUCUGAAAGCACAUCCAGGUCUUAAGAUGUUUAAUCUGCACACUGAGAUGAAAGCUGGACCUUUCAUGGCCUUAGACUAUGCAAACAACAUCUUGAUGUUUGAACACUGUCACGGUCCUCCUCUCCACUACGGCCCAUUCCUGACCAGGAGCUUCCGAUAUAUCGCCAAUGAACUCGAUGGUUUGACUGGAGGCACCAACACUGUUGUCGUUAUUGGCGUCUGGGCACACUUUGUCACCUAUCCCAUGGAGAUCUACAUCCGGCGACUCCAGAACAUCCGCAGGGCGGUAGUCCGGCUGCUGGACAGAUCUCCAGACACACUGGUCAUCAUCCGGACGGCGAACCCCAAAGACGUUCAGGAGACGCCGAUGCUAAGUGACUGGAGCGCUCUGCAGCGGGAUAAGGUGCUGAGAGCCAUGUUCAAAGGACUGAAUGUCCGUUGGGUUGAUGCCUGGGACAUGGUCCUGGCCCACUACCUACCUCACCUACUCCACCCAGGACCUCCCAUCAUCAAGAACAUGGUGGAUGUUCUCUUGUCCCACAUGUGCCCUACAAUGGGCAGCUAAGGAGUGGCUGCUGGCGGAGGAGUUCUGAUUCAAGAGUUUACAUCU